GGCUGGGGCCGGGGGGGGGCCUCGCUGCAGCUGCUGCAACCGCCAUCGCCGCGAUGCCGAAAGGAGGUAGAAAAGGAGGCCACAAAGGCCGAGCAAGACAGUACACAAGUCCUGAAGAGAUUGAUGCACAGCUCCAAGCAGAAAAACAAAAGGCAAGGGAAGAAGAAGAGCAAGAAGAAGGUGAAGGAGCAACAGGGGACCCAAAAAAGGACAAGAAGUCUUUAGAUUCAGAUGAGAGUGAUGAAGAUGAUGAAGAUUAUCAGCAAAAGCGCAAAGGAGUGGAAGGGUUGAUAGACAUAGAGAAUCCCAAUCGUGUAAUUCAGACAACCAAAAAAGUAACUCAGCUGGACCUGGAUGGACCCAAGGAACUCUCACGACGAGAGCGAGAGGAAAUAGAGAAACAAAAGGCGAAAGAAAGAUACAUGAAAAUGCACCUAGCUGGUAAAACAGAGCAAGCCAAGGCAGAUCUUGCCCGACUAGCCAUCAUUCGGAAGCAAAGGGAAGAAGCUGCCAGGAAGAAAGAAGAAGAAAGAAAAGCAAAAGAUGAAGCGGCCAUGGCAGGUAAAAGACUGCAGUCACUAUCCCUUAACAAGUAAGCACAGGACAUGCAAGAGGAGGAAACGCCAGGGAACCGUGCCUGGUGCCUGCCAGGAACUCUGUCGUGUUGCAUACCAUAGAUGCCACGUAGGGUGUACUGCGGCAUCGAAGUCACCUUCACCUCCAAGAGACACUGACAACGUGUUUUGUCUUCAUCCUGGCACAAUUUCCAUUUGGGGUUAGGGGCAGCUGCUAUCCUCGGUGCAAAACUGUGCUGAACAGCAAUUCUCUGUAACAGUUUGAAAACCUGAAUGUUUUUGCUGUUUUUAGGUUUAAGAACUCAUAGAUGGGGGGGGGAGGAGGGGGGGCGGGGGGGAGGGAGCUGUGUGGGAGGGGAGAUGCUUCAAAUAUUAGAUUGCAAGAAAAUAGAUUGUGGGGUCAUUGUGGGGCGGGACACACGGGGUGGGGAACUUUGACUUGCUCAUGAAAACCCAAAGGAUAACGUAUGUGUGGGAUUCUUUUGGGCAGACAGCCCUUAAACUUUUACUGCAGGGUGUUGCAGUGUAAUCUGGGAGCCUGACUUCAUGGACAUCUGGAGUGUUCUGUUCCUUCCCAUUUUCACCCCUCCUUUCUCACAGCCAGUCUCCCCCUUUUCCCUCCUCUUCAUUAUUUUCUUUUUUCUUCACCUGAUUAGGGAUAGUGCCAGUUUUUAACCACAUCAUCCUUUGUUUAAAGGAAAAAAAGACAUCAUGAAUUGUAUUGGACCCAGAUGGAAAAAAAAAACAAACCAAAACAAACCCACCUCGAUGAAGUUAAAAAAAAAAAAAAGGAAAAAAGAAAAGGAAAAACAACAAAACUUGUAUAUUUGGCUGAUUAAAAUGUAAAUUAUCAGAACUGCCAUGUCCUCGUGUAAGUGAACUGCUACAAUGCACAGUGCAGCAGCAGUGUGGUGUUGCAGUGAUUGCUGUGUCUGCUGCCUUGCUGCUUCUCUCUGCUGUUAAUGAUGUUGAGUUUGGCUCAGGGUUCAGGAGCCCUAUCAGCAGCUGCAGCCCGAAGGCAAAAAGCUUUUCCUGCUCUUCUCUGAUGGACAUCUUGCACAAUCUGGUUAGCAGAGAGGAGAAAGCAAUUGCCUUCAGGCUGCUGUUGAGCUCAGUCAGUGUGUCAGAAGGCCAUCCCUGUGCUGCUGCCCUUUCAGCUGGGCUGUGCCACAGCAUGGGGCUGGCAGGGGAUGCUUCAAUCUGCUGCCCUGUGGUGGGGCACCAGCAAUACUCAGCCUCAUCAAGAACUGAGGUGGAGUCAGAGAGGAUCAGGUGGAAAUUUGGGGUGGGCCUUGGAGCAAAGGGAGGCGGCUGGGGCGACACCUGGAGGGGAGGGAGAAAGGGGCUGGUUCAGGGGUGGGUCACACAAAGAAAUCUUUUCCCAGUAGAAUGCAGCUCCAUUAUGGGAGGAGAGACCAGAGCUCAGAAUCACGGAGUGACUCAAACAUCAGCGUCCCAGUGCUGCCAGCAAGGAUCCCUCCUGGGGCUGUGGUCAGUGUAAGGGCUGCUCUGCAUGGAGGAGCGCUGCCAGGAGCUGUGUUAAGCUGAGCACAUGCAAUUAAAACCCUGCAACAUGCUGUAAUCACAUGUAUUCACAUUAAAAUGCUUUAAAAAAGAA